AUGGAUGUCUCCAUCAGUGGCCGGGACUUGCGAUGCCUGCAGCUGGCCUGUGCUGGUCUGGGCCUCCUGGCGGGCAGCAUCAUUAUUGGGGUGUCUGUGUCAUCUGCAGCAGCCGCUGUGGGAGGCAUCUUCAUUGGAGCUGCAGGCCUGGGGUUCCUCAUUCUGGCUUAUCCUUUUCUGAACUCCCGGUUCAAUCUGGAUCGAUUCCUGCCUUCACUGGGGAAUCUAAGGAUCCACCCUCAGCCUGGGAACAGUGGAGAGGAAGGAGCAUCCAGUGAUGGAGGGAAGAGUGAAGGAAUAAGGAGCCAUCUACCUAACACUCUCUCCACUGUGAGCCGGACUCUAGAGAAGUUGAAACCUGGAGGCAGAGGGAGCCAGGAAUCGUCUAAUCUUGAACUUAUCUCUAAGCAUCACCAUGACAUAUGA